CAGACACAGAAGGACACUGUGGCAGCUGGUCGUUCCUUUCUGCCUGCCUCUUUAGUGCGGCUCGGACGCGGGCAGGCUCUGAGCCCUGCGUGGCAUUGUGCUUGCUCGCAGUUGAUCCUCGGAUACAUUGUAGACUUUCCCAGGACUUCAUUUGCUAAUUUCCUGUUCAUUUCCCUCUUAGGGCCCUCGCUGCUUCCUACUUUACAGCUCGUGCAUGCUCAGUCAGCCCCGGUUCACACAUUUGAUCACGUUUAGAUGCCCUCUGCUGCUGGGUAGCACCGCCCUGCCGCCCCCGAUUUGCAUGUCUUUAGCACUCCAAUUGCCCUUUUCCCUCGGCGGUUGUCGCCCGCCGUCCCCGUCCCCGGGCGUCUAGGCUAUUAAUGCAUUUUCUCCGGAGGGAGAGCAGGGAGAGCAGGGGGAGGAGCUGCGGUUCGCGGCGGCGACAGCGGUGGCGGAGGGAGGGGGCCGGGAGCGCGGGGACCCGGGGAGGGGGCGCGUCGCCCGGAUUGUGAUGCAAACGACCCGGCCUGGCCUGCUGGGGCCCCGGGCGGGCGGCGGGCGGGGGAGGCUGUGCAUUGGGGCGGAAUCUCUCGCCUCGUGCAGCGGGUUGCAAUGACUCUCUUUAUUUUAGUUGUAACAGUUGGAGGAUAAUGCGCAGGAGGACGCUGCCUGGGGAUUCUCCGUGCGUGGAAAUGCGCCCCCGAGAGGACUAAGCCGCCGCCGCCGGACCCCGGCCCGCGCCCCCGUCCCUCCCUCCCUCCCCGCGCCCCCGCGGCGCCCACCUCCACCCUGCACCCCUUCUUCCCGCCUUGCACCAUGAACACCAACGUCUGCGUGGAGCCGGGGCCGGGCCCCGAGGCGCCGGGGCUGCCCAAGGAGAGCCACCUGCCCGAGGGCGCGCUCGGCAGCCUGGUGGAUUACAACUCGGAGAUGGAGCGCUACCGCUCAUUCGCCUCGUCCUUCUACAAGAGCGGCGGCGGCGCCUUCCCGCAGGCGGCCAAGAUCGCGCGCAUCACCACCCCUAUCUUCCCGGGCAGCGCCGCCGCCGCCGCCGCCGCGCGCAUCGGGAUGUCGCCCUGGAGCUGCGACAACGCGGCCACGGCGGCGGCGGCCACGGCCAUGCUCUGGGGCAGCGGCGCCGGGGGUGGCGGCGCGGGUGGCGGCCGCAAGCCCCCCGCGUCCUCGGCGACCGCCGCGCCGUCCGCAGCCCCCGCCACCGUGGCCCCCGCGCUGCUCCCGGCCGGGUCCGCGGGGGGCGGCGGCGGCGGCGGCGCGGGGGGCGGCGGCGGCGCGGGGGGCGGCAGCGGCGGCGCGGGGGGCAGGACCGGCGCGCACCCCCGCGGCGACCCCCAGCGGCUGGCCAAGGCGGCGCCGCCCGAGCCCGCGCUGCAGAUGGCCAACUCGAACUUCCUGUCGCCGCUGGCGCCCGAGCACUGCCGGCCGCUGGCGGGCGAGUGCAUGAACAAGCUCAAGUGCGGCGCGGCCGAGGCCGAGCUCAUGAACCUGCCCGAGCGCGUGGGCACCUUCUCCGCCAUCCCGGCGCUCGGCGGGCUGUCGCUGCCGCCCGGCGUCAUCGUGAUGACCGCGCUGCACUCGCCGGCCGCCGCCUCGGCCGCCGUGUCGGACAGCGCCUUCCAGAUCGCCAACCUGGCGGACUGCCCGCAGAGCCACCCCGCGUCGUCGCCCGCGUCCUCGGGCGGCGCGGGCGGCGCCAACCCCGCCAAGAAGAAGCGGAAGCGCUGCGGGGUGUGCGUGCCCUGCAAGCGCCUCAUCAACUGCGGCGUGUGCAGCAGCUGCAGGAACCGCAAAACGGGACACCAGAUCUGCAAGUUCAGGAAGUGCGAGGAGCUCAAGAAGAAGCCCGGCGCGGCGCUGGAGAGAACACCUGUUCCCAGCGCUGAAGCAUUCCGAUGGUUCUUUUAAAGCAGUAGUAGAUCUUAUUUUCAAGGCAUUUGGAAAUGAAGGGCAAACUAAUGUCUUGUUUUAAGAAACUGCUUAGUCCACCAUUGAAGAAAAUAUCCAGAAAUUAUUUUCAUUUUAUGUAUAGGGGUUUCUUCAAAAAAAUGGAAAAGAAAAGAAAAAAGACAAAAAUAGUGUGGGAGCUUGGGGAAUCGGCCAGUCUAUUUGCUUUCAGUACACUGAUUCUUUGAUGUAAUUUAGCUAUUCUAGUGAAGUUGUUGUCUAUUUUGAAAGUGGCUGUAAAAAAAAAAAAAAGUUUGGAUAAACCCCUGCUGUAAAAUCAUGUAUCUUUGCAAAGUACAUAUCUAUACUUCAUUUUCAAAUAUAUGUGUUUCAGUACUGUAAACUGUACAGAUAGCAGCUUGUAUUUUGUGUGUUUAGACACAAGGAGACAAUCACGUCUGAGCAUCUAUGGAGAUUAACAGUUUGUACACAACGGUAUGGUUCUUCGAGUCAAAUCUGGAGCAAUAAAUUUUAGCUUUAAAUAUUUUUUGCCAGUUGUUUCUAGAAGCAGCAGCAACUGCACAGGCGCCAUUUGGCUAUGCAUCUUUCCGUGGAGACUUGAUGUCAAGUUUUACAAGACGAAAAGAUAAUGAUGUGUCCGGCAGUUACCUCCAGUUCUGUGGUUCUAAGAGGGGAAGAUGUUAUCAAAGUUUCACUUAACACUUUGAGCACUAUAUUAGAGUAGUGUUUAUGCACUUGCAUUGCUUAUGAAUGAGCUGUACAGAAGGGUAUGAUACUUAGUGUAGUUGAUUUGUCUUGGGUUCCACUGUAAGGCGGGGUACUCAGAGUAGUUGGAAAAUGCAGAAUCAGUUGUAUAAUUUUUUUUAAUGAAAACAAAAACCGUGUUUUCUAGGCUAAAAAAAUAAAGUUAUCAGAUCUUAGGGAAAGAAAUUCAUUACUCACUUUUUUUUUUCCCAGCCAACCAUGGCCUGUGUGCGUUUUUGUUUCUUUGUUGUUGAUUUGGGGGGAGGGGAGGAAAAACUUUUUAAACAGAGUAUCCAAAUGUUUUAAUUCUAUGUAUGCUAUUAAAUGGGUAGUUUUAAUACUUGAAUACAUUGAGGCCUGUCUUUAGACAGGGCUGGGUAUAUUUUUAAGUUAAAAAUUAAACAUGUUCAUCCAAGUGAGGCAUUUGUCUCUUUGUAUCCUCCUUCCUCCUGACCUCCCAGCUGGACACUGGUCUUCGCCUGGAAUGUUCCACGGCUCCCAGUCCUAUGCUUCCCACUCAGUGCUUUUGUGUCAAAGAAGACAGAACCCGACCUGCAGUUUCAUAAGCGCACAACGGCUUCUUUCUCACCCACCUAGGCCACCUCAUAUAGUAGGCUUUGGUUUUCUUAGGACAGGAAACCUCGGGCCGUUCCAUUAGGACAGAUACUACGUUAAUUUAAUGUUAUUUUAUAUUUUGGCUAGGCUAUGGCACUAGUUUUCAGUUUCUGGAAUAAAGCACAGUUUAGUGAAAACACGUUGACCACCAGUUCUGCACCUCCCGAGUUCUUGCCAGUAGCUGGAGGCUGCUGCACCCAUGAACCUGUCAAAAUUGGUCAGCACGCUGGGUCUGGAGAAGAAUCACAGCUUGUGACAGAGGGGGAGGGCAGUCAAACACUUCAAAUAUAAAAGUCUGAAAUGCCCAGCAGGCAGUAGUUUUUAAAAGAUCACUGUUGUUUUGAAUGGGAAAUGAUACAGCAGAAAAGGUUUUUAAAAGGCAGAAGUAGCGCGUCAUCAUUGGAGUCCUGGGGGAAGGACGUUGAGGUGCAUGCAAAAGCCAGUGUGCAAGACAAGUGUGACUUGCCUGCUUGUGCACCGGGCCACAGUCUGCUGUGAUGGUCCAACAGUCUUUCUGGGGAAUAUUCAUCAUCUAUCACACACACCUGUGUUUAGAGAAGGGAAUGAAAUCACCACAGGCUCAAAGGUACUGCACAUUAAGUUCCAAAUUGUUUUCUACUUGGUGUUUAUGUACUUGAGUAUUUCUGGUUAAAAUUUCUCUUUCUGCUGUGGGACCAAGAGAGCUACUUGUGUUCUUUCUUGUUCUCUUUUCCUUUAUUUUACACUGUUUGUGUUUGCCAAUUUGCUAACUAGUUACAAGUGAAAACUUACUUUCACACUUGAAUAGGAAAGGUGUCUUGCUUUCUGUAAAAUGAUGAUUAUUAUAGAAAUACAACACACUUCUACUCAGACCCCGGGAGACCUACAGUAUCAUAGAAAUCACGUAGCCGUGGACUGACUGUCUGAAAUGCAUUCUGGGGCUGCAUGUGUUGAUGUGUUUUGUUUGCUUUUUAAAGGUACUAAUGAACCUGUAUAUUGUAAAAUGUGGAGCUUUACCUGUCAAUCCUUUUUUUAAAUGAAAGAAAUCCUGUUGAUCACUGAAGUGGAAUGGUGUAGCUUUUAAAAGAUUCCCCUAUGUUUUUAUUCUUGAUAUUGUUCUUUUAUACCACCACUUUUUAUGUUUUUGGUUAAACUCUAUGUAAUGUAGAGUAUACACAUAAAGUUCUCACUGCAAUGUUUACAAAGAUGCUACUCUUCUGGACUCUCUUGUUUUCUUUCCCAUGUGCCCAGGCAUUUAGGCUAAGGGUUUGAAAGGUGACACGUUUCACCAUUUUGAAACAACAACGGAAUGUAACUUUGAAAAUUUUCUGUAUGUUUCACAUUCAAUGUCAAGAGAAGUCUGAAUAUAACGAUGAGAAUAUAGAUUGUGUGGCUGUCUGUACACCUUAACCAUCCCAUAGCAGAAAAACUGAAAAACAUGGCAAGAGCGGUCCACAUCCACAGGGCCUUGUCUUCUUGAGGAAAUGCUCUACCAGCGGUAUGUGGGAAAACCGUGGAGAAUCCUUGGGUUGUUGGUAUAGAGUGUAACGGGGACAUGUCACUUGCAGCUGCCACCUAGAGCACUACAUUGAAGAAUAUCAUAAGUAAAUAGGUCUCUUUCCAAGCCUUCAGGCCAAAAUGACUUUCUCAUGGGUCCUACCUGUCUGUGCAGAUACAGAGGCACGUCUACAAAGCACUAUGGUAUCCACUCUUAGGUCAGGAAAUAGGAGCAAUCUCCUCUAGCAUAAGCAAAAGAAAAAUGUCUCGUCUUGCUAAUUCCCAACACUCAACUUCCUCUAACCACUUAACAGAGAGCAAGAGAUGAUGGGCUUACUGUGAAUUAAUAUUAAGUAAUCAUUUAAAGAAAGAAAUAGUUCUUUCCUUUGGUUCAGAACCCCUGGCAUGUAAGUUGUGCAAUUAAUGCAAAAGCAUAUAAAGUCUUUAAACUGAUAGCGUCUGUAAUUAAAUAAUGAAGAAAGGAAAGCGGUUAAAUGAACACACCAUUCAGGGUCAAAUAUGUUCAGCGGAAAGCUGUGGCGGGCCUUUGAUCUGGGCUAAAUUCACAGUGAUAUCAAACAGUUGGUUUCCAUGUAACAGCUAAAUGUUUCGGAUAUUGUUUUUAUUAAAUUUGGCAUUUCAUACUGAGAUCUGUAUUCCUAGUGAAUAAAAAACAGCUACUGUGUUGAGAAAGAUUCCGCUUUCACAAUCUCAAAAUAGAGAUAUUUCAGGAAUGCAGGCCACAAAAUGUACUGCUUUCACAGUGUUUCCUAUUCUGAGCUGUGCAGUUAUCUAUUAAAUUUUCUAAUAGAAAUUUGUGUACCGUGUAUGUAUGCUUGUGCAAUUAUUUAAAAAGCCGUUUUGGAAAACAGUGUAUUUAUUAAAGAAAAUCACUUAUGGGGCAUGUACAAAACUGUAAAAAAAAAAAAAAAAAUUUACAGAUCACUUCAAUUUGCCCAGUAAAGUUGUUUUUGUGAAAUUUCUGUGUUGUUGAAUAAAGAAUUUUAGUAUUCAAAAUAUCUCUAUUUUUCCAUGUAGAAACAUUUAUUUGUGGGAUUUUAAGGAGUGGACAUAUGAUCCUGAAAAAUCUAAUGUUUUUUGAUCAAAAGAGUUUAUAAUUCUCCACUUCCCCUUCCGUCCAUGGAAUGAAUGCUGUGUAUAAACCUUUCGUAAAUAUGCCAGUGGUGUUCAUUUUUCUCGUAUAAAGAAAGGAGAAAAGGAGAGCGUGAUCAUGGUGCGCUUCCCUAGGAUACGUUUUUGCUGGAAACUUCAAGGGUGUGCUGAGCUGAGGAAGAACUGAGUGCCCGCCAGCCUUGGUCCUCCCUGUUCCGUCUGGAGCCUGUCGGCACAGAAGACCGCAGGCACCUGUGUGCCACGUGCGAGAGAGCUGCUGAUACUUGAGGACAUUCCUGCUUGUGAAAGAAUGUGCGACUCUGGGAUUCUGCUGCAGCCACUUCCUGCACCCCUCUGACCUGAGAUUUUUAUGGUGUUACUUUUUCAAUUAUGGAACGUUGUGGUCCACUGCUCCUGUUUAUUAGUUGGUGGUGAGUGUGUUUAAUCUUUACUUCACUACUUUUCACUACAGAGGUCUAAUUUUUUGAUGCCUUAUGAACUACAAACUACGUAGAACAUGAUUUUUAAAAUUUGGAAAUUCUUGCUAUGGUUACAAACAUGGGACUUCACAGAACUGAAAGUUCAUGUCUGUGGGAUAUAGCACCAUAUUCAAGUUUUAUAAAUGUAUUACAUAUUGCCACGUGGCCUUGUUAGAAUAAUACUGCAGACACAAGGUACUCAGGUCAGGCAACGGAACUGGAUUGUACAGACUGAAAAAGAAGAUGGUGGUAACUUCAGUUAUCGAGCUAUCAAAUAGCAGUUGCUCAGGUAAGUCACUAUGUUUCUUUAUAUUUUGGUAUAAGCAAUACCAGUAUGCUAAAUAAAAUUUGAUUUUUAUAAAGAGUGCUUUCUUAAAAUUGACAAUGCUACAGAUAUCUGGAGGUUUGUAUGUAAUUACAGGAGGCUAAUCCUUCAACAGUAUCUGAAGAAACCAAACACUUGUGGAGAAGAAAGGGAACGUGUAUAAUUUAUUUAGACACUGAGCCAGAUAUUUCAUAUGGUCUAUAAAUAAGUACCUUAGGUUUUCUUUCAAAUUAGUUUAUUGGUAAUAGUUUUCAUUUCUGUGUUUUAUGCAGAAAUAACUAUUUCCCUCUUUUCUCAUUCAUAUCUUUCUUUUUAUGGAGAAAAAUACAAUUUGAAGUAAACACAAGGAAUACAAAUUUAAGACUAUAUUUGACUAAACUACAUAAGCACAGUUACAUGAAACAUUUUAAACUUCUUUGUUAGAAAAUUGUGUUUCUGUUUCUUUAUUCUCAUAUUUUGGUUUGAGAUCUAUAAUGAUGUCCUUGUGAGACAAUGUUUAUUUAUUUCAUUGUAUAUAAAAUGAUCUAUCAACCAAAUUAUCUUUUUAGUCAAUCCUUGCUUUCCUUGCAUUCUGUUAAUUAUUGCAACAUCAUUGUUUACAGGUAAUGAAGUUUUACCGAGUGGAAGCAGUGUUCAUACCUCUCUCAAAAACACUACUUUUAAAGCUACUCUUAUGUCUAAACUGUGUAAAGCAUUUUUAGAACAUAGCUGAAUUUUAUGACUUCUUUAGUUGUUAGACGGUAGAAGAUUCUGUAGGUUUUAUUUGAAUUAUUAUCUUCUGUUUACAGUUUUUGUGAAAAGGAAUCUAUUUAAAUUAUAUGGCUUCAGGAAAACUGCAUUGUUGGGAUGAAGAUUAGAAAGCAAAAAUAUUUAAAUUGAGCUAUUUGACCUUUGAUGUGACUAUAAAGCAUAAGUAGCUGAAAAAGCAUAAUGAACAUGUCGCUGUCUCUUUUCAGGACUUUUCUAUGAACUGAUUUAAAUUUUUAUAACAUUGUUACAUCAGUGUAUAUGUGUAUGUUUUUGCCUAUGUAUAUGUGUUUCUAUAUAUAUCAAUGUGUGUGUAUACAAGUAUGUACAGGAACAGAUUGUACUGUACAGUAGCUGAGAAUCAGUAUAGGUUAUUAGAAAUCUUUAGUGGCCAGAAUUCUUUCAUUAUUGUAUAGUUGUUUUGGAAUUUGAUGAUUCAGCAUCUCCGGGAUUGAGAGAUUUGAGGAUUGUUUCUUAGAUUAUUUUGGAUAUUUGAAGUGCUCUUUGAUUAGUGAGUUCCUACUUGAAUUUACUGUAUCAUAUUUUUGGUUAAUGAACUGUAUUGAGAAUUAUAUGUACUCUGUGCCCCCCACUUGCAUCAUUUGCCUUCACAUAAUUGAAUAUUUUAUAUACCUUUGAGCUGUUUAUAUAUCUGAAGUUUAAAUCUAUAUCCAAGUCAUAAUAGAUAACUUGAUCAGUUGCUUAUGCACUUUGACUGUAUGGAAAAGGCCUUCAUCUCAGCUCUCUGGUGUAUACAGAACAGCAGUAAGAAGAACACUGUCAACAUUUUGUUCACCAGCAGCUCUUAAUUUAUCAUUUAUUCAACAAGCAUUUGUGUACAUCUCUAAGUGGUAGCAACAGUGGACAUCAAGAUGGACAUAGCAUGGUUUCUGACACCUUUAUCAUCACCCUGGAACUUAACUGCAUGGCUGAAAUAAACUUCCAAAUUGAUGAAAGCCCUGGACAAUCUGCCAUGUGCAGGAAGAAUGGCUGGUGAUCUCUUUCAUUUCAGAUCCUUCCCAGCUGGGAGAAGAGAGCUAGACUUGACAACUACUGAGGUGAGACAUGGAAGGAUAGAAAAGGUCUCUGGACGCUAUUACUCACGGGGACACUGCAGUAUUCUAUCCCUAUUCAUUGUCUCUCUUUAACCCUUGUCCUGCCUCAGUCUGAAUAGUUCUAAAGCACAUAAAACACACAUACAAACGCUCCACCCCACAGAGAUACACAUAGAGUUCAUGCAACUUCAUCAUGAAUGGCUUUCUAUCUCUCUCAGAAUGAAUCCCCAGCUGUGAGCUAUGAACUCUACUGGUCCUGUGCAGUCUCAGGGGCCUCCUCUCUCCUUUCUCUCUUUAAGCUCUAAUCUCUUAGGCUCUUUUCCAUUUCAGACCUUCUCCCAGUUCUUACACUUGUAAGAUGGGUUUUCCCAUUCAACUCAUCAUGCUAAUCAUGUGUUAACACUUGGAAUUUUCUUCUCUUCUAGAGACCUCUUGUUCUUCGGUACUUGGCUAAGGAUUCACUUUUAGCCAUCCCUUUCUAGCUUUUGUGACUAGGUCAAAUUGAUGUACUAUAAGCUCUCAAAACCCUUCAUACCUUUUCAUACCAAUUAUUAAUAAAUUAUAUCAUUAGAUAAACAUCUAAUAGCUAGUGUUCUUUCAUCUAGGUAGUUAGAAUGUAUCUCUGCCCUCACAGUUCACAUUCUAGUAGGACAAAUUUUAUUAACAAAGAAGUAGACAUGCAUGGUACCAAACAUGCCAUAUGGCAAGACUGUAAAAGUACGAAGACAGUUUAGGGUGGGCUUGGAGAUAACGCCUGUGAGUGGGGGAAGGUAAGGGAGAGAACUGGGAUUUAAAAUAAAUAGUUUAGGAAAACCCGAGAAGGUAGUGCUGGCGCUUAGACCUGAAGGAGAGGCGAGCUGAAGCCCUGUGUGUGUCCUGAAGAGGGCAAAGGUAAUGGAGAAUUAAAACUCUUGUAAUGGGAAUUAGCUUGAAGUUUUUAAGAGCCAGCAAGAUUGCAGCUGUGCCUGGAACGUAGUAGGAGAGAAUAAUACAAGUGCAGUUGGAGAAGACAGGAUUGCGUGAUGUUGGACAGGGACUCUGAGUUUUACUUAGAAUCUUGGAGGGAAAACUUGAUUCAGUGUAUUAUUAGACAGCGUCUUUGCCUACCAAGUUCAGAAUGGAGAAUGGCAGAAAGGCGUCCAGCGUGGGAAGGCCACCGCCUUCGUUGAAGCUGGCAGUGUGAGACUGAGCCCAACACAGUUAUGAGAUAAAGGCACUUGGACCUGUGGACCUUGUGGGCUGUUAAACAUGGAAGAAAGAUAAGAAUGCAUAAUGACUGUGGGGGUUUUUAAUAUGAGUAAUUAGAAAGAUGAAGUUGCCACUUGCCCAGACAGGGAAGACUAGACUUUGUUUCUGCACCCACUAACCUGCUUCUCAGACAGUUAGGGAAGGAUGUCCUUUGUUCAGUUGGAUUUUGGGCUUGGUGGUCACGGUAGAUUUAUGGCUGGGGGAUGGUGAGAAAUGAGUCUGGUGUGAUUAGGAAAGACUGAAGUAUGGAAAGACAUGGGAGAGGAAGGCGAGUGCUGAGGGCUGGGACUCAGUCUGAUUGUCCUGCCUUUGUCUUCAUCCCAAUCUGUUUAUUGAUCAAUGGAGAGAACACGUGGAAACACACGGGAAGUUCGAGACUGAAUUCUUCCAAUUCUCGCUCUCCUCAGCGACCAUACUAUUUUGGUUGUUUGUUAUUCCGGUCUUGAUCCUGCAUACACAGGUAACUGACUCUUCCUCUCUGUUAAUUUGUCUUCUCUCCACUGCAUGCGAAAGUUUACAUUAUAUUUAUCGGCAUUGUAAUGCAAAAAUUACAUAUCAUAAUCCUUUCUCCAGAUCUGUAUAUACAUUGAGUUAAAAAUUUAAUGCUGGUCACAACUAGUGUAUUAAAAUUUAAGCACAGUUUUUUUGAUCUUCACUGAACCUAUCUUUCUGUUCUUGUGUCGUCUGUUGGUAAUCCCUUAAGGCCAUAUCAUUACUGCUUAUUUUGAAUCUGGGGGGGGGGCUGGAGCAGAAAUUAGGUAAAUGUUGAAAACUGAAAUUAAUCUUCAGUUGACUCUUAGCUCCAAGAAAGUGACAGGAUUUUCAGAUUUGCCUGAAUUAUUUUUCACAAGAGAAAAAAUUGACUCAGACCUAUAAAACAUUAGAAUGUAAACUUUUCACUGAUGAUCAUUCUUAUUCCUUUAUUUUUCAUUCUUUUCAGAGUCUAGCAGAAACAUCUUGACUAAGAGCCGAAAUGUGUUCCAGGGAAUACGAACAUGAAAGACGUGCUUUUUGUAUUUCGUCCUCAUAGCCGAGCAUUUUAUAUUAGUUUCCUUAGACUUUUCUCAGCUUCCAGCCUACCAUCUGACCCUCUGCAUACCUUGAGAUCUCAAUUGAAAUCUUGCUACUAGAGUCAUGAGGACUAAAGAUAACAAAUUGCAAAGAACCGAGUAGUAGUGACUUUAGUCCAUGAAAAUCCCCAAAACUUCAACAUAUCCAAAGCAAGGAAACUAGCAAUGACUACCACAAACAUUGAAAUGCUUAAUUUCAUUAUUUUGUAGGAAAUGCUGAGAACCUUUUGCAAAUGUCAAGAAUAACCAUGGAUUAGAAAGAAUUUUCCAAAGAGCUACAGUCAUAUUUACAUUAGGAGCUCAGGUAACAUGGCCAUUUUGGACACUAUGGAAUUUGUGAGUCUCAUCAACAGAUCCCAUCAGAGAAAGUCAAUAUUUAAAUGUCAGCAGCAGUGUGUCAGUUGCAUCAGGUAAGGAUUAAUGCAUAACCAGAAUUAUUAUUAUUUAUUUGUCUUUUUCCUUUUUAUCGGUACCGGGGAUCGAACUCACGGCUGCCUGCUUGCAAGGCAGGCGCUUAUACCGCUGAGCUAAACCUGGAGCCCCCACAAUUAUUUAAUGUAUUAUCACACUGAUAGAACUUGGGGCCGAAGGAGAUGUAGUAAUUUCCCGUUUAUGAAGUAUCAGAGACUGAGUUCUUAAACUGGCUACUUCGGAGGAAGCUGGCAAACAAUUUAAAGAUGUGAUCUGCUGCCUGGCUGAUGCUAUUCUUUUCCUUGCUGAGCCUUUUUGCUGGGUUGUUUGCGUUGCCUGGGCAGAUUUGCUGUUUCUGUUCUAACUGCAGUGCGUGCGGCAUGGAGAAUGCUGAUUAAUUCUUGGCGGCAACCGUCACACACACUACCAGUGUCGUACGUUUAUACCCUCCAACUCAUCCUCUGUGACUGCAUUCCGUAAGUCACCAGUCCUGGGAAUAGCACGGAAUACACAAAUAAACCUGCCCUUGAUUUAGAUGAAAAGUAACUGUUGAUCCUCGACUGCCUUGAAAACACAGAAGUUACGUUAGAUUGGGGGAUCUUUUAUCGUCUUCGUCUGCUUCAAGUAGCUCUAGUGGGCCUUCUUUAAUGGACCCUACAGCUGCCAUCCAUGGAGAACUCAAAAUAUCAAUUAUAACUGGAAGAUGAACUUACAGUUUGCCCAUGGUGUGAAGUCAGCGGAUCUUCAUAAACCUCAGCCAUUGUGCCCGUGCAGCAGUACUGCUCCAGAAAUGGUGCUGGAGUGUUUCUUGAGCAGUCAUUUUUGAUAAUUUUGAUAUCUAUAUUGUAUGGUAGGUGACUCAUCCUAUUACAUUAAAAAAGAGGUAACAAAUGUUAUGUAGGGAGCCCUGUUUACUGUAUUGUUCCCUGAUUUGUUCAGAGAAUAAAUAUUUUUAUUAGUCCA